UCUUUGAGUUGUUGAAUUCGAUUGUCGUAUUUAAAUUGUGAGCCGUUGUGUACGUACGGUUUAUUUUCUAAAUACAAAGUGUUGCCUGUUUUAUUUUUGUGAGCUGAAAUAAAACGUAGUGGCAUCUGUUGCUAACCUUUCUAUUAGCAAUGAAUUGCGGGUUAAAUUUGUGUGAUUUGGAAUGCAAUGCUGCCUACAGCAAAUAACAAGAAAAGCAAUUGAAAACAAUGGGAAAAAAACUGCAUCUGCUCUAAGGCACACUAUUUAAGAUUGUUUUAAAGUAACUAGUGUUGAAGUUGAUACAAAAUUUUAAAUAAAAAUAUUUAUGUGGAUUCAGUGCUUAUUUUGCUGUACAUUACGUACUCCCGCGAUAAACAUGUAUGCAUUUAGUUUUUUUAUGCUUAUUUGGGUAUUAUAUUCCUUCGCGUCGGAAUAAUAAAGGUGCAGUGCUGCAUUCUUCGUGGUCACGACGUGCGCACAUUGGAAUUUUUGUUAAUACUACCAACAACUUGCUAGCAAAACCUUCCCCCUAUGCCGUUGGUAACGUGAAUUUUGUUGUGUUUUGAUUUUCACCUACCUAUUUGUCUUCCGUUUGGCUCCCCAUCAAUAUUCGUUUCUAACUUUCCUGCCAUACCGUGUUAUUUACAAAUAGUUUCAUGCAAGAAACCGGUUAUUGCUCCCCGAACAAAUAGUGCAAGCAUUUAACAUACAUACUUUCAUAUGUGGUGUACAUAGGUACAUACAUACAAUUGUAAGAGGGUUUUAAUGUUUGCUGUUCUGGAAAGCGGAUGGACAGACAGAAGAAGUGAUAACAAAAAUAAGUUAAGAUAGUUUUGAGCCAAAUACUUUACAAAGAAUGAAAAACUAUCAUACUAACUAACUACUAUACAAAAUACCUGAAAUGAAGGCAUAACAAAAGCGAGAAAAUUAAAAGAACAACAAGCACAAGUUUACAUUGUUGUUCAUAACAAUAACGACAGUGGAUAUAAAAACAACAACAAAACAACCAAUUGCAACAAUUGUGUCAACAGCAAGUGUAAUAUUUUUUUUUGGGCGACAGCUGUUGUUGAUACUCGCUAAUAAACACAACAACAAAAAUAUAUACAUACGUACUGCUAUAUCGUACUCAGUCAUCCGUGAGUAAGGCGCGCAUGAAAAUCCGUUGGAAAUUCAAUGACACGAGAAGUUGCGCGGUUAAUUCGAAAGGUUAAUUGAUUUUUAAUUUAAAAGGAAAGUUAGCAGCUCUUUGUAGCACAAUCAUUCACAUACAUACAUACAUAUGUACAUACAUACAUAUUGAAUGUGUAGUUUUAUUUUUGAUGUCUUUACCAGUGGUUUUGUGCAUUUAAGGUUUUAAGUACAUAAAUCUACACAAACAACUGCUAGUGUUCAUCAAAAAUAACAACUGGAAUUAUGAGUUGCUCACCAACUGUUGAUUUCUGAUGCCAUUUGCCGCCAACUUAAAAGAAAAAUUACUUGUAUACAGCACAGUGGCCUUUUCUGUGUCCGAAUUUACUUUCUUCAUAUAUAUCCAGUUUCGUGAAGAUAGACUAAGGUCAGCUUUAUAUGCCUCAAUCUCUAAAUGAUCGCUAAUAUUGGCGUCAAAUUCCACCGAAACAUAUUCAAAAAUUUAAAAGCCCAAGUUUUUGGUACUAAAUGUAUUUAUGCUGCUGAAGAAAAGCUUUUACAAAAAUUUUGUAAUUGAAAAUUUGGAAUGCGAACAUCAAUAAAUGCAACAUGAUGAAAAACAACAAUAAGGCAUAAAUAACGGCUAUUAAAAGUGUAAUGAAAGUGAGCAACCUGCAAAGGAGCCUAGUUAUUGAGAGGUAGAGCGAGGCCGAGCGAAGACCAUUAGGAGACAAAAAACUAUUAGCGAUUAUUAUGCCGUUAAUAUGAAUAAAAGUAAAAACAAUUUUCAAUUUCCCCUACCAAGUAAAAUUACAAGCGGAAAUCGUAAAGAUUGAGACUUCAAGCGCGCUGGUCUGAGAAAGCUAUGAAAAGUAAUUAUAAAACAACAACAAGCACAUAAUAAAAAUAGCAUUAACAGCGGAUAUAUUAGUAAUAACAAAUAAAUACUAAUAAUAACAACAUUGCAUCGCUUAUCAGCAAUCGAAUUAAUAACGAAGAUAACAACAACAACUUAACUAAUAUACCACACCACCAUGGACGUCACCAGAGCGGCUAUAAAACAAAAUAGCAUUGGCAGUGCAGCCAGCGGCAUACCGGCGUCGCGCGAUGAAGUUGACUUUGUUGUUGUGUCCGCCAAUAAUAAUAAUAAUAACAACAACAAUAAUAUUAUUAACAGCAAAAUCAUGAGUAAUGGCAGCAGUGGUCUCAAAGAGACUGAAAAUGCGGCGAGUGCAUUGAAUUCAAAUUCGAAUACGACUUCGAAAAUGUUUGCGAACUCGAAAACACUAAAAAAUGAGCAUUUAAAAUAUCAGCAACAACAACAACAACACACACAGCAGCACAAGGAAACGACAAAGAGCAAGAAAAAAGUUGUGGCACACAGCAACCCCAACAACAACAGCACAAAUGAAGAACCAAAGAAGAAGAGUUCAACUAUGGAGCGUCUAUCAUUAUUUUCCACACUAGGUCGCCGCUUCAGUCAGAAGGCAUUGGGUCAGAAAGAUUCCAACGCAAAUACGUCAAUUGGUGUUGCAACACAACAGACACCAGCACAGACUGGAAAAUCUGCAGGCACGGCAAAUGCGUCAACAACAACCGCAACUGCGACAGCUACAAAAACUCAAUCCUUCACACCGCCCCGUCAACGGACAUUUGUCAAGAGCUCUUCAAUUGCUCGACUUUUAGGCAACACUUAUCAACAUCAUGCAAAGAAAUUUGAGAAAAACCACCAUCCGAGCAAAGAGAAUAGCAACAAAUCCCAAUUGGAUGGCAAAUUCCAUACGUACGGUGGCAGACGACGUCCUAGUGGACCCUACUUAGACCGCUUUAAGCGUUAUUCCAAAGAUGAUGGUGAUGUUAGCUCCAGCAACAAUGAUGCUGGCGACGAGGAACCAACAAUGGAUUUCACCGAAGUUCUAGCGCUGGAAGCUGACAUCGCCGAUGAACUGCAAAACGCCGCAAAUGGAUUGGAACGUUUCUGUGAUCAUAGCACAGUGGCGGCUGGUGAUAACGAGGCAGCUGCGGAAUUGGGCAGUAAGACGAUGCGUACGCUGUCGCGUAGUCUAGGACGAUUGUGGGGCAAGCGUUUGCAUAGUGUGGAUAUAAGUACGCCAGAUCCCGAGUACAAGGUGUCAUAUUUGGGCAAUGUGUUAACUGGCUGGGCCAAAGGUGAGGGUUGCGUUGAAAAGCAACUGAACACACUCUGGCGCAACUAUACACAGAACAAUAAACCCGACAUGAUCAUGCGCAUCAAGGUUUGCGCUAGUGGCCUGAAAGCCACCACACGCCAACACGGACUCACCGAGUACUGGGCCAAUCGCAUCACACACUGUUGUGCACCAAAGAACUAUCCACGAAUUUUCUGCUGGGUCUACCGGCACGAAGGACGCAAACUGAAACACGAACUGCGCUGUCAUGCGGUGCUCUGCAGCAAGGAAAAAGUGGUGCAGGAUAUUUGCAAUACGCUAAAGGAAAAUCUUGAGCGCGCACUGCGCGAAUUUAAACGCGAGAAAAUUCUCAAGCAGAAUGCGCGUCUUAGCCUGGCCAAUGCAGCUUACGAAAAUCCCAGUUUACCACGGCGCAAAAUACUACUUAGCGUGGGUGGUAACAACUAUCGACCACCGUUGGAGCGUUCUAAGUCGGCUCCGAAAUUAAUGGCUAUCGAGGAGGCAAUCGGCGAAGAAGAGGGCGAGGAUGCUGAAGAGACCAAUGAGCCAGAAAUGAAAUCAUGCUGUCAGAAAGAUUCACUCUACCCCGCCAUGACGUUGGGGCGCCGUCGCUGUCGACGCGGCCACUCUAUAAGGCGCACUGGCAAUGCCCGGCCGCUUUGCAGCAUUUCGCUCGACGAAUCACAACACCGUAAGCAGCUGUUGGCCACUGCAAAAAAUACCAACGACACAUGCUGUCACAACAAGCUAGCCACCAAAGAUUACGCCAAUAAACAAAAUGCUGCGCCGGCGUGCGCUGAAUUAACGGAGGAGCAACGCAAUAGCUAUGGCUCCGAUGACUCAGAUGACUUUGAGAAACUGCUCAAGUACAAUGAUUACGAUUCGAGUGCUUCCUUAACAACAGAACUGUUGCCUUACUUCGAUAUGCAACUGCACAAGAACACCAGCAGUAGCUUGAGCGAUUUGUGCGCACUGAAGGACGAGGAGGAACCGCUUAGCAUGCUGCCAACCAUCAACAGUGAUCCGAUGGCGCAUCCCGAGGGUGAUCUAUUGCCCAACGACCGUGCUGGUGCUGAGGAGGAGGACGAAGAGGAAACGCGUGUAGGCCUGCGUCGCAAUGGUGUCUGCAGUGACGGCGAGGAAGACUACCUGGAUGCCGAGGACAUGUACUUUCGGCAAGCGACUAUUUUGAAUAUUUUGCACCGCAAUUCGAUGCGCAAAAUGGCACAACUUUCAUUGAGCAGCGACGAAAGUAGCAGCAUAGAAACGAAUGUAUCAGCGCCACUACAAUACCGCCAUCAAAUGCAGUCAUCCAUAUCCUCCAAUGCCUCCUCGAACACAACCACCAGUAGCUCGUUGCAAGAUGGCCAAAGCGACAUGACUACGGGCAAACGACAUAGCGCCGCCGACAGUGAUGAGGGUUCCAUAUCGAGUGGCUGUGAAACAGCCAGCACAGUGACCGCCAAUCAAGAUGACCUUUCACUGCAAUAUCGCCACGAUAAACAACUGGUGCAACAGCAAGCGGCACUGCUUGGCGUGGAUGAUGUACAAUUCUUCAAUAUGCACAUCGACGAACAGUCACCCAUCACAGUCGAUGAAAUCUACCAAAGACUAGAGUCGCGGCUGCAGCGACGCCAAAAUAGCGAUGCCACCACUUUCAGCAGUUCCAGCACAAUCACACUGAAAAUGGGCACGGGCAGUGAGGGCUCGCUGAAUGACUCACCAAAUGAAACAAUCAAACAAAAGUCCACAAUUGAAGAGCAUGUAACCAAUUUAGCCAAUGGCACAUCGCGCAUGCGACGUCAACGUCAGCGUCAGUUGGUGCCAUCAGCAGCGCCCUCACGCGAUUGCCCCGCAGACGAUACCGACUCAGAGUGCAGCGACGAAUCAGGCUAUGUGGAGUAUCAGGAGCGCGAAAAGACUGUUAGAGAGAAGGUGUGCGAGGUAGAGAGGCGUCAGCUACAACAACAACAGCAGCAGCAACACCCUGUGGCACAACAGCGCAUGUAUAAGCCACAAUUGCCGCCAAAACCGACGCCACGUCAUACGCUGACCAAUGGUGGCAGUGCUGCUGGUGUCACCUCGACGAUGUUGGUAGGCAACCCGCGCGCAGGCAACAGCACAGCAGUGUGAGUGGCGCAGCCGUACAUAUGUAUGGUAGUGUAACUUCAUCCAGUGAGAAUUUUGCGUGGUGCAAGGAGUGCGUGUGGGAGCUUAGAGCUUUUGAAGCCCAAGCGUAUGUUUUAGGGCUACUAAGUCGAUGAGCGAUAUCGGAGCUCUGUAAGCAUUUGUGAGUCGCAGUACAGCAACUGGUCCUAUAUGAAGAUAUUUUGUACUAUAUAUAAUAGUAACUUGUUAUAUGAGCCUCAGCCGCUUUUAAGUUUCCUUAUUUCAGGAUAGAUUCCCAACAAUUUGUCAGAACUAUUUGGUUUCGGUUUACUUUGGUUUGGCACAUCAAUUAUUCUAUUUUUGAUACAUAUAUAUACAUAAAAUACAUUGAUUGAGGAUCAAAUUUGGCUGUAA